GCGCCCGCCCCGCGCUCCGCCCUCCUCCGCCGCCACCACCGAGCGCUCCUCCGGGCCGCCCAGAGGGGCUCGGGGCCGCUCUCUCCGGCGGCGCCUUCCGGUUCCGUGCCGGCCAUGCUGCGCUGCUGCCGGGCGGCCGCGGCCAUCGCCGGGCUCGGGGUCGGCUCCGCGGGCGGGCACCGCGGCCUCACCAUGGCCAAGAGCAAGUUCGAGUACGUGCGGGACUUCGAGGCGGACGACACCUGCCUGCCCGACUGCUGGAUAGUGGUGCGACUGGACGGCCGCAACUUCCACAGGUUUUCUGAGCAGCAUGAGUUCAAGAAGCCAAAUGAUGACCGUGCCCUGCAGCUGAUGACCAGGUGUGCCCAGACAGUGAUGCAAGAACUGGAGGAUAUUGCUAUUGCUUAUGGACAGAGUGAUGAAUAUAGUUUUGUCUUCAAAAAGAAGACCAGGUGGUUUAAAAGGAGAGCAAGUAAGUUCAUGACUCAUGUGGUCUCCCAGUUUGCCUCAAGUUACGUUUUCUACUGGAAGGAUUACUUUAAGGACCAGCAACUUCUGUACCCACCAGGAUUUGAUGGACGAAUUGUGUUAUAUCCCAGCAACCAGAACUUGAAGGACUAUCUCAGCUGGAGGCAAGCAGAUUGCCAUAUUAAUAACCUUUAUAAUACAGUGUUUUGGAUGCUUGUACAGCGAAGUGGUUUGACACCAGUGGAAGCACAGGACAGGCUCCGGGGAACUUUGGCUGGAGAUAAGAAUGAAAUCUUAUUUUCUGAAUUCAACAUCAACUACAACAAUGAACCUUUGAUGUAUAGAAAAGGAACUGUCUUAAUAUGGCAGAAGGUUAAUGAAGUCAUCACGAAGAAAAUAAAACUGCCAAAGGAAGCAGAAGAAAAGGAAGUGGAAGUGACCCGGACUAAGACUAAAGUUGUUCCCCUGCACUGUGACAUCAUUGGGGACCAGUUCUGGGAGGAAUAUCCUGAGAUCCUGGCUGAGGAUAGUUGAUACCUCUGACAAGUACAACUGGUAGUUUACAUUUUGCUCUGUUGGGUUGUUGGCCACUGAAUAGUACGGAUGGUGGCUGGCAGAGUUUAACCUGUAAUCCUCUUCAGCAACUACUUGGUUUUAUUAUUGUUGUUGCCUAAAAAGAAGGCACCAGUGUGUUGUCUGACAUACGGGGAUAUGCCCAUCUGGAAAGCUAAAAUCGUAUUCUAUUUUCAGUGUUAAGAACUCAUGAUAAAUUAAGACUGCUCCUACCUUGUAUUUGU